UGCUUCAAAGAGGGACCUUGCGGUUCCAAGGACGUACCCAAGGGACUGCAAAGGUUACCUUCAGAGCAGUCAGGGGCAGCGGAGAAGGAAAAAGCACCUGUCCAGGAGUCCAUAGAGCGGCCCUGCUGCUCAGAAGACACUCCUGGCACGGAAAAGAGGGUACCUUCCAGCCCAGAGAGAUCAAAGGCCCCUUUCGCCCAAAAUCCCUUCCGUCCUCCGCUAAAUGCGAGUCGGAGACAAGGUCGAGGGGAGAUUUCAAUGGAGGAGAAGACCCUGAUGGCCACCAAUAGGGGGAAAAAGAUGGCCAAGCGGGCUUCAAGGCCGAAAAAUGGCAAACCCCCCAAGCGAUAGGCCUAGGCACAUCAAGUGCCUGCAAGUGAACCUCCAUCAUGCAAAGGCGGCCUCUGACGUCUUAUGCAGGAGGUUCAAAACAGAACUCUUGGAUGUCGCAUUCAUCCAAGAACCGUGGGUUUUCGCCGGGGCUAUUAAAGGCCUAAACGACUGUGAUGAGUUGACACAACAGGACUUAGCUGCUGUAUGGACUAAAGUGCCCACUCAAAUGGGAGAACAAGAGGUCGUUCUCGCUUCAGCUUACCUCCCAGGCGACAGCUGUGAGAUGCCCACAAGGGAAGUAAUAGCCCUAGAGGAGUACUGCAGAAGGAGAAAGCUGAAACUAAUAAUGAGCUGUGACGCCAAUGCCCAUCACUGUGUUUGGGGCAGCUCGGACACCAAUUCUAGAGGUGAGUCAUUUCUUGAAUUUAUCACUAAGAACAACUUAUUUAUUCUUAACCGGGGUAAUGAGCCGACCUUUGUCAAUGCUAUAAGAGGGGAGGUUCUAGACUUGACAAUUUCCUCAACUAGCUUGCCGACCUUUAUCUCAAACUGGCAUGUCUCAAAUGAGGUAUCUAUGUCGGACCACCGGCAUAUUCGAUUCGAUAUAGAAGCCCAAAGAGUAACAAACCAUGUUUACAGAAAUCCCAGAAAAACAAACUGGGAACUCUUUCGCCUCCACAUAGAGCGGGAAGUGAAUGGUUCUACCGCACCAAUUUCAUCCGUCUAUGAACUUGAGGACGAGGCGAGAAAGUUCCAAGAUGCUCUUAAACAAG